UUUGGAAAUAAACCGCAACGCCACUGACGCUGACAUAAAGAAGGCCUACCGGAGGCUCGCGCUGAAGCAUCACCCGCGCAGCAGCAGCCACGCGCGCGCCGCCGAGCGCUUCACUCUGCUCGCGGAGGCGUUUGACGUGCUGAGCGACCGUAAGGUCUACAAGACAAAAUACAAACAUAAAAUACACAAAACAACCUCACUUAAAUAUGCGACACAGCUUUACAACACUUGCUAUAAACGGUCUGAUAUCGCAACUGCAAUGUUUCCCCACAUUUGUGGUUCCUGGAACGUUCUGGCAAGCACGUAAAAAGGCAACGUAUGAUAAGUUUGGAGAGGAAGGUUUAAAAGGAGGAAUACCAUCUGAGCUGGGAGUUGGCGCUUGGUCAUCAGGAUAUGUCUACCAUGGAAAAGCAGAUGAAACAUUCAAACAGUUUUUUGGAGGAGAUAACCCCUUUGCAGAUUUUUUCAGCAAUGAUGGCAGUGAGGACAACACAGCUCUUAAGAGCUUGCGUGGACAAAAAGAAAAGCUACAGGAUCCACCAAUAGAGAGAGACCUUCACCUUGCCUUGGAGGACCUUUAUUAUGGAUGCACUAAAAAAAUUAAGAUAUCCCGCAGGGUCAUGAAUGAAGAUGGACACACAUCCAGCAUCAGGGACAAAAUUUUAACCUUCACUGUGAAAGCAGGAUGGAACGAAGGGACACGGAUCACAUUUCCUAAAGAGGGAGACCAGGGCCCAAACAACAUCCCAGCAGAUAUUGUUUUUGUCAUACGCCAAAAGCAGCAUCCACGCUUUGUUCGGCAAAAUGAUGAUCUGUACUAUACAGUCAAUGUUUCUCUUGAGAAGGCUUUGACUGGUUUCUCAGUAGAAGUUGAGACACUAGAUGGCAGGCUUCUCAACAUCCCCAUAAAUGACAUUGUCCACCCUCAGUACACCAAAAUUGUGUCCGGGGAAGGAAUGCCGCUAGCAAACAACCCAGCCAAGAGAGGGGACUUGGUCAUCCGCUUCAUUACAGAGUUCCCAAAAAAGCUCUCACCUGAAAAAAAACAGCUCCUAAAACAAGCUCUAUCAUCCAAACUUAUUCAAGAACCUUAAAGCCCAUUCAGUGUUUAAUAGAAGCAUUUAUUUAAAAAUGAAUUAAAAACACUUGAACUCAAAA